UUUCCUGUCCAGCUGAAGAGCAGUUAAGGUUACCAACUAGCUAAUCCUCUGCAUUUCAGAUUUGCUGCGAUUGAAAACCAAACAACUAGGAAAAAAGAAAAAGAAGAGGGGGGCAGGUAGAGACUUUGAGAAUUAUACUACUUUGUGCAGAAAUUCAAACACAGCUGCCUUAAUGUUCCCAUCCUGGAGCAGUUAGUAGAUGUUUUGGGAAAUGGCUGUAAGGACUUGUCAAGCUAAAAUGAGGUAAAGUUAAGUGGUGUUGCCGGAUGGUUCAAAAUUCUCUACUCCCCUCUCCCAGCCCAAAAAUAUUGCACAGUAGAAGUUGGGAAAACUUUGGUUUCUAAAACCAACAGCUGCUCACAUCCUUAUGCCUAAUUAUCGCAGGGCUUGGUAAAUAAAAGCUUCCUUGUAGAUGUAAUUGCAUUUGCCUGGUAGUCUUAGCCGACAUGGGGCAGGGCCAGGGAAGAGAAGAAGAGAAGCAAAAGAAAACAUUCCUCUAGUUUGGAUUUUUCUUCUUCUGAAGAAACCCAGCUGUAGGCUGGGUUUAAUCAAACACGGGUUAACUCAAAACUUUAGAGGGAGGGAAAGGGGGAAAGGAGAACAUUUGCAUGCAAUUGAGCAGGAACAGCUUUGGAACAGUCAUGACUUGGAGGCUCUUUGAAAGAUAAAUUUCAAGCAGAAUAAGUUGAUUCAACUUUAGGAGCAACAGGACUACUGUAAGUUUAGAGAAACUGCUAGAGACAGCUGGUUAAAGGAUGUUUGGUGCUUCUACCCCUCCUGGAAUUUAAAGGCAAUUUUCGUCUUCUGAAGAAGCAUCCGUCUUUUUGAGAAUGCCUGUACUGAAUAGGUUUUUCAGUGUGACGGACAAAGGUAGGCAGUGGGGGAUUGAUGAAGAUCGGAUGCCCUUGUCUGCCGAGACCCUGCCUGUCUGUCAACAGGGAAUUCUAACUUGGGGUUUGCCUGAGAAGUUCAGAAUCAUAAAGCUGAUUUGGAAAUCAAAAAAUGAGCUUGCGGAGACGAAGAGGAGAGGAGUUCUGGAAAGUGGAGGGAGUACUCAUGUUUUAUCAGAUCAGAUGAUCCUCUUAAGUGUUGCUGAACUGAAAGUCCAAGCAAUCUCACGCAGUCUGGUUCAUGGAGAUGCACGCCUGAGAGGUCAGACAGGGGUUCUUUCUGAGCGACGUGGUUCCUACCCAUUCAUAGACUUACGUCUUCUUAAUAAUACCAUUUACUCUGGAGAAAUUGGAACGAAGAAAAAGGUUAAGAGACUACUAAGUUUUCAGAGAUACUUCCAUGCAUCCAGGCUAUUGCGUGGAAUCAUACCACAAGCCUCACUGUACUUAUUGGAUGAAGACUACCUUGGUCAAGCAAGGCAUAUGUUAUCCAAAGUGGGAAUGUGGGAUUUUGACAUUUUCCUGUUUGACCGCUUGACAAAUGGAAACAGCCUGGUAACCUUGUUGUGCCACCUUUUUAAUAUACAUGGACUUAUUCAUCAUUUUCAGUUAGAUAUGGUUACAUUAUACAGAUUUUUAGGCAUGGUGCAGGAAGAUUAUCACAGCCAAAACCCGUAUCACAAUGCUGUCCAUGCUGCUGAUGUCACGCAAGCUAUGCACUGCUACUUAAAAGAGGCCAAGCUUGCUAACUUCCUCACCCCUCUGGAUGUUAUGCUUGGAUUACUGGCUGCUGCAGCACAUGAUGUAGACCAUCCAGGAGUCAACCAGCCAUUUUUGAUAAAAACUAAACAUCAUCUUGCUGGUUUAUAUCAGAAUGUCUCUGUAUUAGAAAACCAUCACUGGAGAUCUACAAUAGGCAUGCUUCGAGAAUCAAGGCUCCUUGCACAUCUGCCGAAAGAAGAGAGUCAUGACAUUGAACAACAGCUUGGUUCCCUGAUCUUGGCAACAGAUAUCAACAGGCAGAACGAAUUUUUGACCCAGCUGAAAGCUCAUCUAAAAAACCAGGACUUGAAAUUAGAGGAUGCUUCAGACAGGCAUUUUAUGCUCCAGAUUGCACUUAAGUGCGCAGACAUUUGCAAUCCUUGCCGGCUCUGGGAGUUGAGCAAACAGUGGAGUGAGCGAGUUUGUGAGGAAUUCUACAGGCAAGGUGAUCUGGAGCAGAAAUUUGACUUGGAAAUAAGUCCUCUUUGUAAUCAGAAGAAAGACACAAUACCUAGUAUACAAAUUGGCUUCAUGACCUAUAUUGUGGAGCCACUCUUUGAAGAAUGGGCCAACUUUACUGGGAACACUCAUUUAUCUGAAAACAUGCUGAACCAUCUGAGAAGAAACAAAACCAAGUGGAAGAGAUUGCUUCCUAAGCAACAUGGCAUCACCAUUGACCACUCACUUCAAAUUUCUGAAAAUGAAGAACAGACUUUUAAUGAAGGAGAAACCCCGUAGAGGUAGUACAGCAACAAAAUCCUACAGGUCUAUAGGCCCAUCAUCAAGACAGAAAAUCAAGAAAGCAGGAGGAAAACUGAACAAGAAGUAACCUCCUAUUGGAAAACCUACAUUACUUGUAGGUUUGAUUCUGAAGUGCCACCAAAUCUUCCUUCUCCAUCUUAAUAUCUGAAGUCAUUCGUCACCUCUGAUCUCAAGCUUGAGUAAGAUAAUGAAGCUGGACUGAUAAGCAGGAACCAACUAAUAGGAGUAGUGGAGGACACAAAGAAAGACCAGUGCAUUUUGGGUUAUCAAGUUGCAUUAACUUUGUGUGAUAUUGAGACAGGUGUUGAACAAAGACUUGGAGUAAUGUACAGUCAAUUGGCAGCUGGGCUGCACAUUAAAACUCACCACCAGCAUCAUCAGAACUCAGAAGAGAUUUGGCCACACAGAGAGAAGUUUUAACUGACUAAUGUCUUUUAUAAUUUUUGUAUUUGAUGCACUGGAAAAGGCAUUUAAAGAACCUUGAAGUAAGGUUAUUCUGUGUACACAAUGAUUUUUUUCAUGGUGGUACUCAUUGAUCAUUUUAAGCCACUUUAGAUAAAAAGACUGACAUUCUUACCGCAAGAACGAUGUUUCCUCUCGAAUCAAAAGGGAAGAGCUGUACAGUUUAAAUGUUCCCAGAUGUCUCUUUUGAUGGCUGUAACUGUGGCCUGUUUAUAUUCGCACUUGUAUGUUUUUCAUUAUAUAUUAUACAUAUAUAAUGAAAUAUAUAUAUAUUCUCAUGCCAGAAUACAAGUAUCAUGGGAAAGCUACCUGUAUAAGCGAUGGCACUGUGAACAAAAUACUGUUAGUUUUAGUAUUUGUAAAUACUAUAUAUAUACUUUCGUUUGUUUGCAGAUAAAGGCCUUCAAGUUCCAGCAUACAGUACUUUAACUUUGAUGGCUACUGAAAGUCUUAUAAUUUAAAUGUGGCCUGUUUUCAUUUGCCCAGCCAAGGAUUACAUGGUCAAUAUCUGCUGGAGGUUUUUGUUGGUUGGUUGAUUUUUGUUUGUUUGCAGGUUUGAUUUGCGUUCAUUUGUGGGCAUGAGUUCUAGUAAUUAAUGAAGAUGCAAUUCAGCACAAUUUUUGUCAUUUUUUUAAAAAAACUUCAAUGGAUAAAUCUAUGAACUUUGUUUUAUGUAAAAAUGCUAAUGCCAAACUGACCAAAUGAAAUUGGACCUUGAAGUUGCCAAGGAUUGCAUCAUAUCAAGGAGUUUCGUUAAAACUCUCCAAGAUUAUUAUAUAUGUUGAAAGAUAUCCCACAGGCAUUUCUACUAAAAAUGUAAAAAUAAUGGCAGAGCCAUAAUCCUACAUAGAUUUUACUUAGAAUUAUAUAGUUUUACUUAGAAUUAUAUUUGCCCCCAAAGGGUGGCCAGUUCUUUCUGUCAUAAACUGAAGUACACUACUCCAUCCAUUAAGGGCAGAAUAGGCAGCCUUAGACUCUGCAGUGAUUUGAACGAUACUUCUCACAAUCUCUUGCCUACACCUAGUUGUGUUAUUGAAGCUCAAAGCAUAAUUCAUCCCUGCAUUAAUGACUCACUUUGAGGUUCUGGAUGUCUUUAAAAACCAAACAAUGCUACCAAUCAAAAUUUGCAGAAACAUGCUAUUAAUGCCUGUAAAUCGUUAAAGAAUUAUCCAGUUUUUCAGGGAUUUUUGACUUUGCUUGUUGAUUAGGUUUAUAGUCUGUCUUUCUAUCAAAAUGGUACACAAGGUAGCCCUCAAUACAUGGGAGACAGAAUUUAAGCUGUAAUGAAAAAAUAAAGUCAGUUAAAACCCAUUAAAGUUAAAGCCUAUUUCCGCAACUUACAGUAUUUUUAAUAGAUUGACAGGUCAACUUGAAGGCUAAAUGACUGUUUUAGGAAUACCUUUGUGUGCCUAUAACAGAGGGGUGGGAUUAAAGGUGGAGAAACAUCAAAGAUGGAGCUGACUUUAUUCAAUAGUACUGGAUAGGUCAGUUCUCCUGCUAAUUAUCAGUUUACAUUUUAUUAUAUGCAUAUCCAACAAAAUGCACGUGGACUACUUCUAAAAAAGCAAAUGUAUUCUCCAAAUCAACAUAUGCAAAAAGUAGAUGCAUUGUUUAGUGGUAUGGUAUUUUUUCCCAACAAAAUCUUGGUAUUUUUGAUUUGCUAUAUUUUACACAUUAUUUUUAUGUUACUGCUAAUUACAGGGAUAUCAUUUUCAGCAAAUACAGCAACACUACAAAGAAGGGAGACUGCUUGGUAAAUGAACUUCAAACAGGAAAGCAACUGAGCCCAGCUUUCCUUAUGUAUCAAAGAGCAGAAGUGGCAGAACAAUGGCAGAUUUUAACUCUGUUUUGUAUUGAAACCAAUCGUGACAAAAUAUUAUAUAUAGUUGGAAUAGACUGCAAAAAAGGUAGUUGCAUAGAAAGGCAAAUACAAGUCUAAGUCCUAUGUUUGCAAGUCAAAUGAAGAACAACAUUCCAUUUGGAUAUUAUACAGUAAGGCUAUUGGUCCCUUUCUUCCUAGUACUAAACUCAUUUCAGCAGUAACACAACAUCAGGAAGUCAUAGAAGAGCAAUGUUCGAGUGUCAUCUUUACUAAAAGAUGGGGGUGGGUGGGGAAUGUGAUCCCCAGGAGUUGUUGAAUUCUAUUGUCUACCAGCCCCAGUCAGCAUGAAAAAUAUCAAGGGACAACUAGACUGGCAGACCAACCAAACCUGACAUAUACUUGCCCAACAGAAUCCUGAUUGAGUCCUUGGUGUUCACUGAACUUGGUUGUUUUCAUGCAGACAUUUCAUUACCCAAACUAAGAAAACAACCAAGCCCAGAGAGCACCAAGGACUCCUCAUUUCAUCCCUGAGCAACAAAUAUUCUCCUUUAUUAGAAUCCUGAUUAUUCUCAAAACGUUCUCUAAAACUUAAAACUUCUAUCACGUUUAUAGUUUUCAAGCAACCUCCUUAAGACUAAUUCACAGGGCAAAGUGUGAAGAUUGUCUGUUUUCAUUCCUCAAGUUCCCAGCAGUAGAUACAAGCGGUGCUCAAUUAAAAGGUUAAUUUACUCUAUCAUAUGAUUGAGAAAUGUAUGUGAAUGCAGCCACCACCUAGAAGUGCUACCCUUGUAUUUUUAAACGUAAUGUAGAAAGAAAUCGGUGAUCAAAUUAGAAGACGAGUCACAAAACGAUGAAGCAAAAAGAAUGUAUCACUGAGUCUCGAGUUGAAUUGAGAACUUAGGCUGAAAAUUACUUCCAAUUGGUGGAAGCAUUGAUCAAACAAUUUAGGGGGCUUGUAGAAAGGAGCUUUAUAUAGGCAGGGACAGCAGGAUUCAGCAGAGAUAUUUAGCAUAAUAGGGCAAAAAUGAAUUGAUUGGAUUUCAACAGUAUUUUCAUGCUUUUAUUUAUAAUAGCAUUCCUGUGUUGUUGUUUUUGAAGAUUUAACAAAAAAUUAAAUACAAAUUUGCCGAAGAAAAAAAUUAGUUACCAAAGUUCUCGAUAUUUACUGUAACCAUUUUCACAUCAUUCCAUAAUUGUAAUUCAACAGACUUUUUAUUUCAGGUGAUGUGGGCCAUUCCUUGCAUUGUCACAACAUGAUUAUGAUUUUUCAAAGUUCUAGCCUUGAUUUACUCGGCUAAUACUUGCCAUCCAAAUGCAGAUUCUUAACACCAAUCCCUCGAAGCGCAAAAUAGCUCCAGCGAGGUAACAGGUUAUACACAUACAAACAUACAUACAUACAUUUAUUUCCCAGAUUUUAUUCUGUCCUUGCAUUUUUUGUCUCAGGAGAAUUAUGACUUAAAAAACCUUCAGAUUUUCGUAGAAGUCCACAUGUUGGGUGGGUUUCUAAUUCUAAUGGAAUCAUUGUGAACAAUUUUAUCCUGUUAUGUCGUGCCUGAAGUACUGUGAAUUCCCUCUUCAAUACAGAUUUGAACAGAGUCCAUGAUUUAAAAUUUUGUGAUUACCACAAGCAGGGCUACAUCAAGGGGAAAAAGUGGUAGGAGAACAUUUUGUUUUUGUUCUACUAUAUCAGUAGCACAGUUCUUGUAUUUUCUAUUCACAAAAGUUUAAUGAAAAGAAAAUGUUUAAAUUGGGUAUUAAAUAUUUUCUGCCAGCAUUUUUACCAAACAAAAAGAUUUGAUAUGUAAAGUGCACUUCUGAGCAAACAAAAAUCAAUGACGAUUGACGUCAGUGGGAUCAAGAUUCAGUUGCCAUGAGUGUAAGUAUUAUCCAUUAAGCUGAAAGAACCAGGAUACACUUCGACCUAAUGCUGAAAUGUAAGUUUGUUUUUCUAAUGUCUGUUGCCACAUCCUAAACCAAGCAUACAGAUGAACCAUGAAAGUAUUUUUUUCCUUUUUGUCUAACAGUUGCUGUUCUCAUAAACUUUGUGAAUGAUACUUUGCAAAAUGCCUUUUCAUCCUUUAAGAACUGGUACUUAUGUAUUAUUUUAUUGCCAUAGGUUGACUCUAGAAAUUAAGCAAGCAAGAUGAAUACUUUUCAGUAGAAAGAUCUGUGGAAUCAAAAAAGUAAGCUUGGUAGCGCUUUUUAUGGCUAACAACAAAUCUGUAUUAAAAUUUGCUACCAGA